GCAUCAUCAUAGACGACCUCACUCUGCAUACCUCGACGACAACGCAAAUAUGGCGUCCCGGAAGCCUGUCUUCAACCAGCAGGUGUUGUAUGACACCACUCCUCUUCCGGAUUCGAUCCCCGCCGUCAAAGAGGUCGGUGCAACAUCUGCGCCUCUCCUCUCCGCCUCCUUCUUCAUUGGUGCUCGAUGCCGUCCCUACAACGAUGAUUACAUGCAAUGCAAGACCGAGAACCCGGGGAAGGGCGAGUUCGAAUGUUUGAAGGAAGGUCGCCGCGUUACGAGAUGCGCUGCUACUGUCGUCGAAGACAUCAACAAACACUGCUUGGAAGAGUUCCGCAAGCACUGGCAAUGCCUUGAUAACAAUAACCACCAGCUUUGGCAGUGCCGGAAGGCUGAAUGGAAACUCAACCAAUGCGUAUUCGAUAACUUGAAACUUGAAAAGACAAUUCCCGAUGCCCCCAAGGACCAAAUUCCCGUUCACCUCCGAACAAAACAGAUCUAUGCUCAUUACCCUAUUUUGAGAGACCGUGGCCAGCCAUCCCUAGGAAAGUCUAUCGAUCCUCCAUCUGCCCAGGCGCAGGCGCAGACACCUACGUCGUGAUCCCUUGUGCACGACGUUUCCUACAGGUCUUAGAGAGCCCCCUUCAGAAAAGCGGCGGCUAUAUGUACAUAAAUUCAGCAGGGAUGUCAAGAAGAGCCAUUUGUUCCAGACUUCAUACUUUGAAAACCGAGUGAGCUUAACGGUAAUUCGGCCAGUGAGUAGGCCAGCACAAUGGCCCGUGAUUCGUUCUGGAUAUAAGACGUUCAUAGAACUCAAGGUGGCUAGUUAUGCCUCCUUUAUUCAACAAGAAAACAUGCAAUGAUCGUA